AUGGCUGGGACCUCCAACAACUCCAUCAAACAUUAUAUCUGCUCCACUUAUGAUCACCAGGUUUUUAGCACUGAGUACGGAUGCUUGCCAAAGACGCAAAAAUCAGGCUGGGCCUUCAUUACCUUCUGCCAGGAAGAGGAACGUGGUGUUAUUCUCCCUCAUUAUGACCCACUCAUUAUCCGCGCAGACAUUUCUAAUUUUGACGUUGGGCGUAUCUUGGUGGACACUGACAACUCAGUCAGUGUGAUGUUUGAUGAUGCUUUCAACGAGCUCCAGGUCCCUGCUCAUUUGCUCGACCGAAGCAUCACACCCCUUGUGAGCUUCUCUGGUGAUGUUGUCCAGCCCAUUGGAAGCAUCCAUCUCCCUAUCUCUAUUAGUUCAGCACCACAGCGGGCAACGGUCACCACUCUCUUCCUUAUUGUUGACUGUCCCACAACCUACAAGUCAUCCUUGGGAGUCUAG